AUGAGUCGAGGAGGAAAAUUGGCCCCGGAAGUCAACCGAGCUCUAUUCGUAAAGAACCUGAGCUUCAACGUUACCCCAGAGGAACUCUUCGAUCUCUUUGGCAAGUUCGGCCCUGUGCGCCAAAUCCGCCAGGGUAUCGCCAACCACAGCAAGGGCACCGCCUUCGUCGUCUAUGAGGACGUGAUGGACGCAAAAUCGGCUUGCGACAAGCUCAACGGCUUCAACUUCCAGAACCGGUAUCUCGUCGUAUUAUAUCACCAGCCAGAUAAGAUGCUCAAAGCUGCGAAUGAUCUUGCCGAACGCCAAGAAAACCUAGAAAAACUCAAAAAACAGCAUGGUAUUGAUUAG